UUGCAGCUACGAAUCGAAGACUUCUGCGAGCACACAUGCAAUCGGGAUGAAACGCGAUUAAGAAGGCGCGCUAAACCUCAAAUCGAGGACUUUGACAAGCCGAUUGAAAGACGUCGUCCACCGGUAGUACCCAGUGAAGCAGUAGUCUCGUAUACUCUCAACGACUCCAUGACAAGCUUCCUCAACGGGCUCAACGAUCAAUUUGAAGUCGACAACGAUUUGGAAAUCAUUGACCAGAACGAUUACGGGCACGGAGGAACGGAUGUUGCAAUGGCAUCAAGUGAGAAUUUAGCAAGGUUCAUUUCGAGAAUGGAUGAAUACGAAAAACCAUCGACUAGUACCUCGAAACCGGCGACCGCAACAAGUUCCUCGAAAGUAUGGUCGACCGUCGACGUUGAAAUUGUCGAUUUUUCAAAACGACCUGAUCCACCUUUUACGUGCGUUUUCCACGCUAAAGAUGAGGCCUCACAGUAUUCGUAUGCAUGUCCGAUGAUAAACAAUCAGCCCGAAGUGGUAGCUGAUGCUUUGCUUAAUCUGCUAUUCCAAUUCGGUCCACCAAAUACAGUGAAACUGGACUCUGCCUAUCGUGGUUCUGUCGUUGAAAGGAUAAUCGCGGAGAAGUUCCCAUCCACGACUUUGGUCUUCUAUGCAGAAAACAAAAACAAGCAAGGUGUCAUUGCGCCAAGGCGAGAAGAAACGAUGAUUCGUGAACGGAUAUUUGCUUGGCUUAUGGAAAAUGGAAGGUUAAAUUGGUUCAAGCAUUUGAGUGAGAUAAAAUACAUGCACAAUUCAGAAUGGAUAGAAGAAUUAGGUGGCACGCCUUUGGAUUUAUUCUUUGGCCGCACACGUGCCGCGGAAAACUCCCGAAAACGAAAAGCCGAUGGAGCUCUUCAGGACGACGACACACUCAGUGACAGCUUCACAAAUAACUCGAACGAUGUGAGAGAAGAGCCUACGUCAUCGUUCUCACCAGAAUUCAAAAUUCAGCGACAGAAUGGAUAUCCGGCGAUGAGAUCACCAAAGUGUGAAAAAUGA